AUGGUACUUCUACAUGGAAAAUUAGUUGUAGCUGGUGAUAUGACUGUUGGCAAAACAGCUAUAUGCCACGUUGCUGGUAACGAUGUAACAGCAUUUCCUAAAUCAUAUAAUUGUACAAAUAUGGCCGAUCUUGUUCUCAAACAAAUUCGCGUACCAGAUAGUGAUGAUACUGUGGAAUUUUUCUUAUUCGAUAGUUCUGGUAAUUCUAUUUAUCUUGAUUCAUUAAAAGAUGCGUGGGUAACUAUGGAUAUGUAUUGUAUUGUAUAUGAUAUAACUGAUCGAAAUUCAUUUAAAAAUUGUGGUAUGUGGCUUGAACAAUUAAGUCAAUCACGUGGUGAUCAUAAUGUAUUUGGUGUUUUAGUUGGCAAUAAGAAAGAUAAAGAAAACUAUCGAGCAGUUUCAACACAAGAAGGUAAACAAUUGGCAACUAGUCGAAAAAUGGAAUUUUUUGAAUGUUCAGCUAAAGAUAAUAAAGGUAUAGCAGAAAUUUUUAAACACUUAGCUAGUGAAUUUGUAAGUCGUUAUCGAAAACGUAUUCGAACAUUGGAAAAAAUGGGACGUGAAACUUAUUAG